AUGAAUAGCAAGCGUUUCGCCUUGAUUACAGGGUGCGGGAAAGGGGGAAUCGGCCACGCGCUCGCCCUCGAGUUCAAGUCACAAGGAUUCAAUGUCUUCGCAACACUUCUCUCACAUGAGCCGCGCGAGCACUUGACCGAGGCCGAGAUCCACGCUUACGCCUCAGAUGUGACCAACGAUGAAGAUGUCACCACUCUCAAAGAGGCGAUAGAGAGCGAGACCAAAUCCGGCUAUACCAUGACGGCAAUGGAUACAGACGUCAGAGAAGUCGAGAGAAUGUUCUCGGUCAACGUCUUCGGUCCCAUGCGUAUGGUUCACGUAUUCCAUCCGCUACUGAUCCGCGCAAAGGGAACCGUCGUGAAUAUCGGUAGUGUUGGGGGCAUUGUUCCUUAUGUAUACGGCUCUAGUUACAAUGCCUCCAAAGCUGCUCUGCAUCAUUGGGGGAAUACCCUACGGGUCGAGAUGAAACCCUUUGACGUCAAAGUUGUCAAUAUCAUUUCGGGCGAGGUGGGGACCAACAUCCUGAAGCGCGACCAGUCGUCUCUCCGCAAGCUUCCAGAGAACUCGUUUUAUCGACCACUAGAAAAGGAUUUCGAAAGCCACAUCAACAGAAUACCAGCGACUACCCCUGCGGCUGAAUAUGCACGAUCCGUCGUUGCCGAAGUGAUCAAGGCGAACCCAAAAGCCUGGCUCUGGACAGGUGCCCGCGCAGGCGAGGUGCGGUUCUGGAACGCCUUCUUUCCUGUCACGUUUUGGGAUUGGCUUUUCACACGGGAAUUCGGCUUGAACAGGCUGAGACAGUGA